GAGGCAGGCCGGCAGGCAGACGGACUCGCAGGCGGGUGGCGGCGGCCGUGCUCGCUAGUGAGGGCGGGAGGGAGUGAGUCACUGAGCGUGUGUGAGGGAGGGAAGGAGCGAGCGAGCGAGCGAGCAGCCCGCGCCGUCCGCCCGCAGCACCAGCCAGGCCCCGCCGCCGCCCCGCGCCCAGGCCGGGCCGAGCCGAACCGAGCUGGGUCGGGCCCGGGCCAUGCUGCUCACGGUGUACUGUGUGCGGAGGGACCUCUCCGAGGUGACCUUUUCCCUCCAGGUCGACGCCGACUUCGAGCUGCACAACUUCCGCGCGCUGUGCGAGCUCGAGUCCGGCAUCCCCGCCGCCGAGAGCCAGAUCGUCUAUGCUGAAAGGCCUCUCACAGACAACCACAGAUCAUUGGCGUCUUACGGCUUGAAAGAUGGGGACGUUGUGAUUUUACGACAGAAGGAGAAUGCAGACCCUCGGCCUUCAGUGCAGUUCCCAACAGACCUACCCCGGAUAGACUUCAGUAGUAUAGCUGUGCCUGGCACAUCGAGCCCCCGGCAGCGCCUGCCCCAAGGAGCACAGCAGCCCCACUCAUCUCCUGGAGAAACGACAUCCUCUCCUCAGGGCUUGGACAACCCUGCCCUGCUACGAGACAUGCUGCUGGCCAACCCACACGAGUUGUCCUUGCUGAAGGAGCGCAACCCGCCCCUGGCGGAGGCGCUGCUCAGUGGAGAUCUUGACAAAUUUUCCAGGGUUCUAGUAGAGCAGCAGCAAGACCGAGCCCGGAGAGAACAAGAAAGAAUUCGUCUCUUUUCUGCUGACCCCUUUGAUCUUGAAGCUCAGGCAAAGAUAGAAGAAGAUAUAAGGCAACAGAACAUUGAGGAGAACAUGACCAUAGCCAUGGAAGAGGCUCCGGAGAGCUUUGGCCAAGUAGUGAUGCUCUAUAUCAACUGCAAGGUGAACGGACACCCUGUGAAAGCCUUUGUUGACUCAGGUGCCCAGAUGACCAUAAUGAGCCAGGCUUGUGCGGAGAGGUGUAAUAUAAUGAGGCUGGUGGACCGUCGGUGGGCAGGGAUUGCCAAAGGAGUGGGCACCCAGAAAAUUAUUGGAAGGGUACAUCUAGCUCAGGUUCAAAUUGAAGGUGAUUUCCUGGCAUGUUCUUUCUCUAUACUUGAGGAGCAGCCCAUGGACAUGCUUCUGGGACUAGACAUGCUUAAACGGCAUCAGUGUUCCAUUGACCUCAAGAAAAAUGUACUGGUGAUCGGCACCACAGGCUCACAGACCACCUUCCUUCCUGAGGGAGAGCUACCAGAGUGUGCCCGGUUGGCAUAUGGGGCUGGGCGAGAGGAUGUGCGGCCAGAGGAGAUUGCAGACCAGGAAUUAGCAGAAGCCAUUCAAAAAUCAGCAGAGGAUGCAGAGAAAAGUGGUAAAGAAUCUACCUCACUGGGAAUGUCAUCCUUACCAACUUCAGAUGGAUUGAACCAUCCAGCCCCUUCUUCAGGACGGAGUCCUGAGAUUGGCAAUCCUACGAGUCUUGCUCGCUCUGUCUCUGCUUCGGUCUGCCCUACCAAGCCCAGUGACCCAGAUAGCAUCGAACCUAAAGCUGUGAAGGCUUUGAAAGCUUCAGCUGAAUUCCAGAUAAACUCCCAAAAAAGAGAACAUCUUCCUCUGCAAGAUUUUUCUGGUCCUGCUUCCUCUACAGACCAGUGUCCAGCUAUGCCUUUGCAUAAUUCAUCAGAAGAAGCAGUUGUUACAGAUAAUCUGGAGAAAUCUGCUGAAAGAAGCACCCAGGGCCUCAAAUGUUGUCUCCACACAAGACAGGAAGCUAGUUUAUGUGUCACAGCUACAAGGAUGCAUGAGUCACAGGUGGCUGUAGGUGAAAAGAGUCAGCCUCCAGAAAAUCAGAACCUGAGUCAAGUAAGUGGCUUUCAGCCUCACGAAGAACCAGAGAACGAACCACAUGAAGCUGUACAGCAUGAUGCUCCACGUGACCAAGAACAUCUUUGUGACAUGAGGGACCUUCAUGAACUUCCCGAAGAGAGGCAGCAGGACCAACAAGAAAUAUCUUUGGAAACUACAAUGAAAGGAGAUGGGCUACAGCAGAGUGUGGAUCUUCAAAGUACAAAAGAAAGUUUCCUACUUUCAGGACGCUUUGGCUGCACGGAUUCAGAAACGCUUAUGGAAAUAGAUGUAGUCGAACAGUCCCUAGUUGCUGUACUUAACUCAGCAGGCAGCCCCGAGAGCAUUGGUGCAUGUGACCUCCCUUCAGGUAACCCCCUGAUGGAAGUAGAAACAUCAAAAUGUAACCCCUUGCUGGGAAGUCUCAAUAGUUCUGUUUCCACUCAGGAUUUACAGCCCCCAGAAAGCAGUGCUGAAAGGUCUGGGACAAACAACGAAUGUAGCAGCUACCCCCACUCUCUGAGUCUCUGUGGCAGUUGCGAGCCCUCUGUGGAGUCAGCAGAAGAGUCUUGUUCAUCUGUAACAGCAGCCUUGAAAGAGCUUCAUGAACUUUUAGUCAUUAGUAAUAAGCCAGCUUCUGAGAGUGUGUCUGAAGAAGUUGUCUGUCAAUCAGAAAAAGGAGCCAAGAGCCAAACAGGUAUUAAGGGCUUUUCAGAAAGAUGGACCCAAAAUGAGCAUCUGAGCCACAGUGAACAGUGUUCACAAGUCUCCUUUUAUCAGGCCAGGUCUGUAUCAGCCAAGAUGGAAAACUUGGGCACUGUCCCUGGAACUGGAAUAGAAGGUGUAGGAAAUACUAACUUCAGGGGUCCAGGUGAUAGCCUGUUGGCUGACAAGGAAAGUGUCCCCAAAUCUAAGGAGUCAGGAAGUGAGAGCAGCUGUGUCACUGUACCCUCAGCUGAAUCAUCUAAUCAGUUACACUGUACUUUAGGUGCAGAAAUUUCAUCCAAACUUGUAGCAGGAGAGGAGGAUGCACUCAGUCAGACUUCUGAGCAAACUUCGCCAUCCAGUUUCAUUUUGGUUAAAGACUUGGGUCAGGGCAGACAGAAUCCAAUAACAGCCAGACCUGAAACCAGAGAAAAUGUCUGCCCUGAAGCUGCAAGGCCAUUUCUCGAAAUAGAGCCACUUACCAGCCAUCCAUCAAGUCCCUCCAUUCUUCCACCAUUAGUCUUUCCUGCCACAGAUAUUGACCGGAUUCUCCGCGCGGGCUUUACUCUGCAGGAAGCUCUCGGGGCUCUGCAUCGAGUCGGUGGAAAUGCAGACCUUGCACUUCUUGUUUUGCUAGCAAAGAACAUUGUAGUUCCUACGUAACUAUGGGAAGGUGGGCUAGCCCGUACUCCAUUCCCUUAACCGAAGCUCCCGACACACACACACCAUACACACACACGCAGUACAUGUAGAGACCUGCAAGCAGAAUGUUGAGCCAGAUUUUUUUUUUUAAGAUUUUUUUCGGCCAAAGUAAUUUAUGAUCUCUUGUCUGAUGAAUUUGUCUAUAUUACUUGUUAAAAUUUGGGCCUUUUUAAAUGUAUUGGCAGAAUGUGCAUACAAAAGCUUUUUAUUCUCUGAAGAUGAUGUAUUCUGGAAUAAAAUGGAGGUUUUGUGUAUAGCAUACCAUUUUAGAAUGAGAGUGAAUGCUUUGAAAAGCAGAAGCCAUGAGAACUCCCACCACCCAGGCAACAGAGACUGCCCGGCUUCAUGCCGCGGCCGUGCUGUAGGCAGGGAUGGCUUGUUGACUCAGUCGUCAGUGUAGAAACUUGACCACACAGUUUGGUGUUUGGAAUCAUACCCAUUGUCUAUGUGUCAUGAUUAACCAAUUAUAAUAGGAAACAAAUAAUUCAGUUAAUAUUUCCUAGAGCAGUAUGUUUUUAUUUGUGUACUCAGGCUUUGACAUUUUAAUAGGGUGAGCAGAAGGGUUUGAAGCUCAGGCUGCUUUGAGCAUCACAGGCUGCUGCGUGAGUUGAUUGCCAGGUAUCUUACCACAUUGGAUGGGGUAUGGUGGAGGGAUUAAUGUUAGUGUGAAACACGGUGCUACCCAGAUUUAAAAAGGGAAGGAAGAAAGACCCAAUUGUAGCUCCCUUUGUAAAUGUCAAGGACUGAGUGAAUAGGUAAACACUGGAACUUACUAGAGAUUGGGUUUUGAGCAUCUCACUGACAUCUCAGCCCUUAAUGACUGAGGAAGAAGGCAAAUUCCACCAACAAGUUGAAUGCCAGCAGCCUACUUCAUUUCUAACCUGUCUUCUAGGAAGUUUAAGAGUUCGCUUUGGACUGUGAUCUGAGCAUAACACUGAAGAGUGAUAGGUACCUUGUCUCUGGUUCAUCUUGGUGUUUA